AAUUUACCAGCGCCAAGAAAUAUUUCAACAUGAUGGAAUUUUGGGUCAUUAUUAGGAUUAUGUUUAAUAAUUCAAAUUAUUACAGGACUAUUUUUAACAAUACAUUAUUCAGCAAAUAUUAUAAUUGCAUUUGACUCAGUAAUUCAUAUUUGUCGGGAUGUAAAUUACGGAUGAUUAAUUCGAACUAUUCAUGCAAAUGGGGCUUCUUUUUUUUUUUUUUGUAUUUAUUUUCAUAUUGGACGAGGUAUUUACUAUAAUUCAUAUAUAUAUAUAAUAGAGACCUGAAUAGUGGGGGUAUUACUUCUUUUCUUAACAAUAGGAACAGCAUUUAUAGGAUAUGUAUUGCCCUGAGGGCAAAUAUCUUUCUGAGGAGCAACAGUUAUUACUAAUCUACUGUCUGCUGUUCCUUAUCUAGGUAUUGACUUAGUUCAAUGGGUGUGAGGAGGAUUUGCAGUAGAUAACGCUACCCUGACUCGAUUUUUAUCAUUCCAUUUUUUAUUACCAUUUGUAGUAGUAGCCUUCACUUUAAUUCAUUUAAUAUUUUUACAUCAAACAGGGUCCAAUAACCCAAUUGGACUAAACAGAAAUAUUGAUAAAAUUCCUUUCCACCCAUUUUUUACAUUUAAAGAUAUUGUAGGAUUUAUUAUUAUAAUCAUACUAUUAUUUAUACUAACAUUGAUUAACCCAUAUAUAUUAGGAGACCCAGAUAAUUUUAUUCCAGCUAACCCUCUAGUCACCCCAGUUCAUAUUCAACCAGAAUGGUAUUUCUUAUUUGCUUAUGCAAUUCUUCGAUCAAUCCCUAAUAAAUUAGGGGGAGUAAUUGCAUUAGUAUUAUCGAUUACUAUUUUAUUUAUUUUACCAUUUUCUCAUUUAAAUAAAUUUAUAGGAAAUCAAUUUUACCCAAUCAAUAAAUUUAUAUAUUGAAUUAUAGUAGUAACAAUUAUUUUAUUAACAUGAAUUGGAGCCCGGCCUGUAGAAAUUCCAUAUAUUAUUACAGGUCAACUAUUAACAGUUAUUUAUUUUUCUUAUUAUUUACUUAAUCCGUUAAUUAACAAAAUAUGAGAUAAACUAAUUAAUUA